CGGCGUCUCACAGCAGUGACAGAUCGGCGCGGGAGCGCGCAGAGCACAUAACUGGAAAUGGCGCAGCAGACUGGUUUCGGCCGCCGGUACGUGAGGGCAUUCGUGAGCGGCUUCUUCGUUGCCGUGCCGGUAACCGUGACCGUCUUGGACAGGCUGGCCUACGUGGCUCGAGUGGAAGGAGCUUCCAUGCAGCCUUCCCUGAACCCUGAGGGAGGCACGUCGUCCGACGUGGUUCUUUUGAACCGCUGGAGUGUACGAAACUACCGCGUGCAGCGUGGAGACAUCGUGUCUGUUCUGUCCCCUAAGAACCCCCAGCAGAAGAUCAUAAAGAGGGUAAUUGCCUUGGAGGGAGACCUCAUCAGGACAAUGGGGUACAAAAACCGUUACGUGAAGGUGCCAGACGGUCACUUUUGGAUCGAAGGCGAUCACCACGGGCACAGCCUUGACAGCAACAGCUUCGGCCCACCCGAGCAGAAGAGAAAAAGCUCCCUGGCAGUAGCGAGAUACAGACGGUGCGGAGCGAGCGGGGGACGGGUCUCCCUGGUGGGAGGUGUGACAAGGUCUCACUUGGUUUGGUCCACGCGAAGGCGUCCCACAUUAUCUGGCCGCCACACCGCUGGCAGAGAAUCAUUCCCCGCCUUCCCUCCGACCGCGCUCCGCUGCUCAGCCUGAACGAAGACUCCGAGGAAGAGCAGGACGAGUGAGGCCGAGCGUCGCGCCUACGCGUAAACGCUAGUGACCGUGCGCCAGGUUCUGCUCGUAUGCGGGAGAGAGCCGUUACCAAGGUAGUCCACGGGUGGGUACUCACGCUCUUGCCCUUGGAGAACUGCAGGGGGCGCUGCGUUUUCUUGGUUGGCACUUAAUCGAGCAAUGAGAGCGGGUGAUUGUGCUGCUUGCUUGCCUAGCCUGGUUUCUCGGACCAGAACUGGGCGUUGAAUUUGAAGUGUAAACCCAAACCAACCGGACCCUGUAGCUCUACUGGCGCAAGAGUGAAUACCCCUAAUUUAGCCUAUGAAAUGAUAGAAAUGUUCCUGUAUAUGUAUAUAUUUUUUCUUGUAAACACAGUUUCCGCAUUGUAAAUUUUUGUUGAAAAUUGGUAUAAAAUGUAUUGAAA